GAUGUGGAAGGCACCCAGUGGCCAAACCAUUAGCAUAGCGUAGCCUGAAUUUGCAGAAGAAAGGCCACACGACAUUAGUGGAAUCACCAAUUUGAAUUUAACUAAACCGACGCAUCCACUCAUGAAAGGUUGAAAAGGUUGUCUUCCCUUCUCUCCUUAAACAACACUUCAAAAGCAUUCUGUGCCUUCGUUUCUUCUCAGUUAACGAUGGGCACCCAAAGUAGCAAAUCCGCAGCUGCUUUCAUUCUUAUCGUUGCAAUUCUGAGUUUGUGCUUUGUUUAUUCCAAAGCAAAGCUUCAGAAUCUCCAGCAUCCACCCAAACCAAAUGGGGAUGGGUCUCUUAGCUUCUUGGUAGUUGGAGACUGGGGUAGAAAAGGACAUUAUAACCAAUCUCUUGUCGCUUUUCAGAUGGGUGUAGUUGGAGAGAAAUUGGAUAUUGAUUUUGUAAUCUCAACGGGGGAUAACUUCUACGACAAUGGAUUAACAGGAGUGCAUGAUCCAGCCUUUGAAGAAUCAUUCACCAAAGUAUACACAGCACCCAGCUUGCAGAGGAAAUGGUACAACGUCUUGGGAAAUCAUGACUACAGAGGCAAUGCCAAAGCGCAAAUAAGCCCCAUCCUUAGGUACAGAGACUCUAGAUGGAUUUGCUUCAGAUCAUAUGUUGUCAAUUCAGAAAAUGUAGACUUUUUCUUUGUAGACACAACUCCUUUUGUCAAUAAAUACUUCAUUGACAGACAAGGCCAUAACUAUGAUUGGAGAGGAGUAUUACCCAGGAAGCGUUACAUUUCUAAACUUCUCAAGGACGUGGAUUUGGCACUAAGACAAUCAACAGCGACAUGGAAGGUAGUGAUUGGCCAUCAUACGAUCAAAAGCGCGGGGCACCAUGGAGACACCCAAGAACUUGUAUUAUAUCUCCUUCCACUUCUUCAGGCCAAUAACGUUGAUUUGUACAUAAAUGGACACGAGCAUGGCUUGGAACAUAUAAGUAGCCUUGACAGUUCAAUUCAACUUUUGACAAGUGGUGGUGGGUCGAAGGCAUGGAGGGGUGACGUGAAAUGGAGGAAACCAGAGGAGAUGAAGUUUUACUACGAUGGCCAAGGCUUCAUGUCCGUACAAAUUUCUCAAUUUCAGCUUCAAAUAGCUUUCUAUGAUGUCUUCGGCAAUGUCAUGAACGAAUGGAACACCUGCAAACAUGUCUACUCUGACAUGUAAUAUGUUGACUAAAUAAAAUGAUUUUGCGUAUGUAUAUCCUAAUUAAGGUUGAGGGGUAUAUAUCAUAUGUUUUACUUUCACAAGGUAAUCUCUUCUCAUCUAAACUUUUCAAUGUAAAUAAUAAGCAUCAAUUAUUGCCCAGUUUUUCUUUGUUUUUUUAGAUAUUACAUUACUGGAAAUUGUGGCAUAUUUAGGCUGCUUGAAUGUUAUAAGAGAAUGAAGUAUGUGUGUGUAUGUAACGACAUGCAGAUGCAUAUAUAAAGAAUGCUCAUCUAUUCAUCU